AUGACCGAGGACAAUCCACCGUCUGUUGCUCCGAGCGCAAAGUCCAAGAAGAACAAGAAGAAGGCCGCCAAAGCCAAAGCCGACGCCGCCGCCAGUGAGCAAGAUGCGUCAAUCGACCAGAAUAAUAAUGAAGCCAGUGAUGUCGACGAGAAUCCCCCCGACGAACCCGAAUCAAAUGGCGCCGACCCCGAAUCAAUGGGUCUUCCAGACCGGUCAAUUAACAAUCAGCAAAAUACUGCCGCUGGCGAUGCUCCUUCCAGCGUCGAUAAUCAGCCCGACCCCGCCUCCGACCGCACCGAGCCAAAUGAUCGAUUCGACGCCCUCGUUCGCGACCGCGACUCCUUGCGCGCAGAGGUAGCGGACGUGCGAAAAUCACUGGAGGACAUUCAGUCCAAGCAUGCUGCAGAAAUAGAGCCUUUACAACAGCGGUUGGAUGACGCAGAGAGUAAAAAGGACCAUGCAGAAACCCAGUACCAGAAGCUCUUGGAGCGGGUGAACACGAUCAAGUCACAACUAGGAGAGCGGCUCAAGGAAGAUGCCGAGGAACUGGCUCUUGCGCGAUCGCAGAUCGAAGAGCUCGAGGACGAGAACAACACCCUCAAGGGUGAAUUGGAUUCUAAGUCUAACCAGAUGCUCGAACUAUCCGGUGAUUCGGCGGAGAAGGAGAAGGAGUUGGUGACUCUCCGGGAUCGGACGAAUCUAUCCCAACAGAACUGGCUGAAAGAGAAGGAAGAGAUGCUUGAACAAGAGUCAUAUCUCCAAGCAGAAUUCGAGCAAGCGAAGGAAGCCAUGCACAACUGGGAAGUCCUUGCUAUGGAAGAGCGGUCUAUCCGAGAAAACCUCAAUGAAAAGGUUGGAGAUCUGGAAGAGCAGCUCGGCAGCCUGAAGGAAGCCUACGAACGAGCCAUCGAGGACCGCGACACCCAACAAUCAACCGUUGAUGGUCUCCAACGAGCUUUGCAGGAAAUUCAAGCCGCACGGAAGCAGGAGCUGCGAGAGCUUGUGGAGAGCUCAGACUCCCAACUCGAGGAGCUCCGGCGCUCCUUGCGCGAAGCGCAAAAGCAGGCCUCAGAUUCAGAAAAGGGUCUCCAGGCUGCCCAGGAAGAGAUUGAGCGGGUCAGACCUUUCGAGAAGGAAGUCAAGGAGAAAAACCUUCUCAUUGGCAAGCUCCGUCAUGAGGCGGUCACGUUGAACGAUCACUUGACGAAAGCUCUCAGAUUUCUCAAGAAAGGAAAGCCGGAAGAUAACGUUGACAGACACAUCGUCACUAAUCAUUUCCUACACUUCCUCGGCCUUGACCGAUCUGACCCCAAGAAAUUCCAAAUUUUGCAGCUGAUUGCAGCUCUAUUGGGUUGGAAUGAUGAACAACGCGAACAGGCCGGCCUUGCCCGUCCAGGGACGUCAAGUAUGCCCGGAAAACUGAGAGUCCCCGGGACCCCGCUGCGAACACCAAGUACACCCAACCUUGCAACGGAGUUUAUGGACGGUGGUGCCUCCAGCAAAGAGACACUGGCUGAACUAUGGUCUAACUUCCUGGAACAAGAAGCGGAGGCUGGGAGCAUGAACCCCUCAAGGCGUGGAAGUCACCAGGGGCCACUCAAGCCUUAG